UCAAAAUCGAUCAAAUAGGGACAGAUGAGCGGAAAAACCGAUGUCACGGGAGAAACUCAUGUUACUCAUCUCAUGUAUCUUUUAUCCCUUUCCACAUGAAUGCAAUACUAGAAGCAAAUAAGACAUACCGAUGUGGAUCCGGCCCAUAUCCAAAGCUGGUCUCCAACAUUGUCCCUUAAUUCUACAGUUACCUCCAAACCUAGGACACAAUAACAUGACUCCCAAGGCGAGGAGCAGCGCAAUGGAGGCUGCGGGCUUCGAUUCCGAUGGCAGAGAAUUCAAGAACGCACAAGAAAUGUGGAGAGAGCAAAUUGGAGACGAAGGAGAUGCGCCUAAGAAGACUCAGUGGUACCGUGAAGGCGUUGCCUACUGGGAAGGUGUGGAAGCGUCUGUAGAUGGGGUAUUGGGUGGAUUUGGUCAAGUAAAUGAUGCUGAUAUUAAUGGCAGUGAGGCUUUUCUCAAUACCCUUUUGCAUGAGAGAUUCCAUGGUGGUGGAAGCAAUCAGCAUCUUGUUGCUCUUGAUUGUGGUUCUGGCAUAGGGAGAAUAACCAAGAAUCUUCUCAUAAGGUAUUUUAACGAGGUUGAUCUUCUUGAGCCAGUGUCACAUUUCUUAGAUGCUGCCCGUGAAAGUUUGUCUCAGGAAUAUUUUGUAGCCUCUGACGUGCACAAGGCAACUAAUUUCUACUGUGCCUCCCUUCAAGAAUUCACCCCUGAUGCUGGAAGGUACAAUGUUAUUUGGAUUCAGUGGUGCAUUGGUCAUCUGACUGAUGAUGACUUUGUCUCAUUUUUUGAGAGAGCAAAGGUAGGCCUUAAACCUGGUGGAUUCUUUGUCCUGAAAGAGAACAUUGCUAGAAAUGGAUUUGUUUUGGAUAAAGAAGACCGAAGCAUCACCAGAUCUGAUUUGUACUUCAAGGACCUAUUUCGUCAAUGUGGAUUGCACCUGUAUAAAAUGAAGGAGCAGAAAGGACUCCCUGAAGAAUUGUUUGCCGUGAAGAUGUAUGCCUUAACAACUGAAGUGCCAAAGAAGGUUCAUAAGACCAGAUCUAAAGCGCAAGCCAACAGACCUGGCAUCAUUAAAUGAUUUGUUGUUUCCAACUUUUGUAUUCUUGUAGCGUAGGACAGUAGGAGUGCUCCAUUUUCUGGUUGAUGUAAUGUAUCAGUAUUAUCUUAAGUACGUAGUUCUUUGGUUGACAAAUUUUGUCCUUUUGCUUUGAAAGCCCCGAGCCCCUCCCCUUUGAGUUGAAUG